UCACUCACACACACACACACACACACACACACACACACACACACACACACACACACACACACACUCACACACACACACACACACACACACACACACACACACACACACACACACACACACACACACACACACGCACGCACCUGCUCUGACUUGACGUAACCUCCCACCUCCAUCACACAAAAGGAAGCAGACCUGACAGAAAAGUAUCCUCCACGCUCUAUUGGACGAAAAGACACAUCUGAGGUGUUUCAUCAUGGCUGCCAUGGGAGCAUUUUCUCUCCUCAUUGCUUCCUUUGUGUGGAUGAAGUGUUCCAAUGCUCAGCUGGAAUGGAUGCUCUCUGACACGAUGCAAUCUGAUAUAGAAAAAGCUGCCUUUGAUCCUUCCACACCAGAAACGAUGUGUGCCAUUUUCCGCUCUCCAAACUUCACAUCCGAGGCGAAAAAGAGUGAAAUGAAACCCAGCCUGGCUAAGAAGUUGCUGCAGAAAAUCAAAGAGUGUUACAGAGGAGAAUUGGAGCUUGAAGAUGAUGUCGCCCAGCUAGGCCCAUUGACGUGUUACUAUGACAACGCACCCAACUUGACCCCUGAACUCAGCAGGCGACUCCUGGCUCAGUUUUCUGAGUGCAAAAACCCAAAGGCUACAAUGCUGAAGAUGCUCCUUCUGAGGAAGGCCUUGUCCAACUCCAACUGGACCACAUAUGAGGUUCUGCACUUGCUUGGCAGCAGUGUUAGCUUGCUGUCUCCCACGCAACUGGACAGUAUCGCGAGCUCUGACCUCAAACAGGUGAUCAAAGACCUACCACCUGGCGUCCAGUGGAGGAUGACGCAGCAACGAACUCUCGUCAAGAAACUGCUGGGCGAUGAAGAGGUGAGGCUUCUUGUCCCCGCAACCAACGAGGGAGAGUCAGGUGGUGGCGACGCGUUGAACGCCGCUGCAACUGGCAAGGCGGGCGACCACGGAAUGGCCACAUCAGUGGCUGACGAGGAGGAAGUCCAUAACACGGCCGCAUCUUUGGCCCACAAGGAGGAGGUUGCGCAGCCGGCGGCGCCGAUGAUGAGGACAGCUUCGUGGGAGGAGCCGUCGACCAUGAUGACGACAAUGAAGAUGGCGGCGCCCUGUGAAAGUCCCCCAGAGAUGAUGUCGUGGGUGGAUCCGCUGCUGACCCGGAAAAUGGCAGUGUCGUGCGGAGUCCCACCGGUGAUGAGUGAGAUGGCGGCGCCAUGCGAAAGCCCGCCAGAGACGAUGAUGUCUCCGUGGGAGGAGACGAUGGUGGGGAUGACAGCGGCGUGUGCUUGGCAGCACCGCUGCGGGGACGGGCAGAAGGGGGCCAGGAGGAGGGAAAAUGACACGUUCCUCGCAGAGUCCCAGCAGGACGACAGAAGGAACAUCACAGUGGGCUCCACUGGAGCCUUCGCCGGACUGGCAGGACCAGCGGGUGCUGGCAGGAAGAGCAGCCGUGGUGCGGCUGCUGGAAGCUGGCUAGGAGCAGGAACGGCACAGUCAAUUGCCGUGGAGCCGGGACAGAAAGCACAGCAGGCGACGGGGAAGAUGGUCGGAGAGCCGGAACCGGCGGCCGAGCCGGUAGGAGGGAAGGUGGCGGUGGCCGCGCCGGUCGGAGAGCCGGGACCGGUGGUCAAGGCAGAGGGAGAAGGUCCGAGCCUACUAUGCAAGAACCAGGAGGAGGAUGAGCAGUGUCAGGAGGUUUCCAGUCAGCAGCUGCUCCAACUUGGUCAAGUCAUAAAAGGAGUGCCAAGCUGUGUGCUGCGGCGUGUGAAGGUGUUGGAGAUGCUGAAAGACGUGGAGACUCUGAGGAGCGUCUCACAGAGGAUGAGGAGGGCUCAGAGGAAGGCUAUGUUGCAGGGGCUGCUGAAGAAGAUGAGCGCUUUGGAGCUGGUGGGCCGACUGCCUGGUUCUUUGCUGCGCAGUUUGUCUGUGAAAACUCUGCAGGAAGCAGAAAUCACUUCCUCUCUACAAUUAAAGACGGAGAGUCUAAACCGCCCACAGGCCGCUUUUCUGGCUGCAAAGCUUUUCAAGAGCCAUAAGUCACACUUUUGGAGGACGUCCAUCAUUCAGGGUGUUACCUGCAAGAUGAUUGACAAAAUGGCGGACACAGACCUGCAAGACAUGGCUCAGGCCAUAGAGGAGACACCAUGGUGGCUCUCCAAGGCACAGAUUGGGUGUGCAGCCUGGAAAUACUUCGCAGCUUUGAGGAAAGAACGAGCAGACUACUUCAAAAACAUCACAGAGGAGCAGUUUAUUGAAAUUCCAACAAGUCUGAUGAUCCACAUGCCGGCUUGGGAAUUGAAUCAGCUACCAGAUUCUGUUUGUGAAGUGUUCCUCAACAAGACGCAAUCAGCCAAACUCUCCUCCCUGCCUCGUUCAACGUCAUCUCGACUUGCACUUCUGAACAAAGCUCUGCACUGCCUCACCAAGGAUAAGAACAUGUCAUCACUGCUGACCAUAGAAGAUGUUUCCAGACUUGGAGAACUCGUGUGUGAGCUUCCAGCGUCCACGUUGAGCCUAAUGGACGCCAACACCCUCAACGUCAGCAUGCAGGUCAUAGCCUCCUGUCAGCAUGUUCCUCACAGAGAAGCCUUAAUGCAGCUCAUCAAAGAAAACUUUGGGAACCCAUCUGAAUGGUCACAGGAAACUAUGGAGUCACUUGGUCCACUUUGGGAUUGGGAUGAACAUGCUCUGUUUGCGCUGCCCUUUAAGCCAUGGAUGAUCGAGGUCUUUUAUUUCCUGAGAUCGCAACACAGGACACAAGCUCUGAGGAGGACCUUCUUCAAGUUCAUCACUUCUAAAAGGGAGAACGAAAUCAUGACAGACAGUUUGAACAGUAACAAACCAACAGUAGAUGUAAUAGAAGAACUGGGAAUGGACAACGUGUUCUGGUCAGCUGAUCAACUGGAUGCGAUGUCAUCAGACAUGUUCCUUGUUACCAUGGAAACACUUGGUUCCGUCCCCGACUACGACUUAGAGCAGCUGACCGUGCUCAGUAAAAAGGCAACUGAGGCUCUGGGUGAAGCGUCUCACAUGAACGAGAGUGUUGUAGCACAGAUAGGAUGUAUCGCUCAGGGAUUCUCCAACGCGGACUUGGAGAAGAUGGCGUUUUCCUUGGAUAUGCUGGAGGAAACAGGACGCUGUGGCUGGAAAAUGUGGCAGCUGAAUUCAGUGUGGAAAAGUGUCUCGAAGCGCAACAACCUGUCAGCUGAGCAGUUGGACGCGUCAGACAUGGCCGCUCUUAACGUCUUCAUGUGUGGUCUGAGUUCUGACGAGAUCUCCCAACUGGACGUAGCUGCUUUCAGGGACGCCGUGGGCUCCAUCAACGACAUCCGCUGCUUGCCCAGCGUUGCCCAGCAGUUCCAGAAGGUUCUGCUGUCUGCCUUUGGACGUCCAGAUAGCUGGACGGAGGCGUCUGUCUCUGAAGUGGGCAACAUGAUAGCUGGCUUGCAUGCGCACCAGUUGGCGUCUUUGGAUCCAUCCGUCAUGAUGUUUCUCAGUCAGAGCAGCGUUCCACUCCUUCAUCCAAACAACAUAGCUGCCCUCUCUGUAGCCCAACUGGAGGCCCUUGGUCCUGACAACGCUGCCAUGGUAACCAAAGGACAGCGAGCUGGUCUUACAGAUGUGCAAAUGGAGGCCCUGGCGAGGGCCGAGUCCGGGGAAAUGCAAAGUGCUGCAAGUCAGAUGCAAUCAGGAGCUCCUUCAGUGAACACAGAAGGGAUCUCAGCCCUCAUCAAGCCACUUCUGGUUCUCCUGGUGGGAUUCCUGCUACUGUGAUCACUCGGAGAACAACUCGCAGCCUUGGUUACAUUUUUUGAAGAUGAAAACUAUAUUCAUAGAAAAGCAUAUUAUACAAUGGGAUGGGCAAUGAAUACACAUCAAUUAACACUACAAUCAAUUAAGUGACAUCCAUUUAUAAUUAGAUGGUAAGACCUCUUAGAAGUUUCUGAACUCUUGUUUCCAUGCCAGAAAAUGCUGCCUGGAAAAGCUGUGCAGACUGAACAGCGCACUCUAUUUGUAAUAAUCACUUAACUGAAUACUUUGCCCAUCCCUAUUAGAAUGUUAGUUGCCCAAUGUUAAUAAAGAUAACCAAUAA